GUCGCUCGGCCAUGCACUGCAACAUGACGCUCAAGGUUCUCUUAGUCGCAGCCGCUGUGCUCUGCCUCUCAAGGGCGUCCCCGCAGAGGUACCAAGCCCUGGGCGUCCUGCAGCCCGAGGGCCCUCGCGAGCUGGGCGACUACGAGAACGUGGUCGCCGCCACCAUCGACGUGCUGCCGGACAUCGUCGAGGUCUUCCGCAAGGUCACGCAGAGCAGAGGAAAGGCCAAUGAACCCGAGCAGAUCCAGCGAGUCAUGACGGAGUUCAUGCCCCUCACGCGCAAGGUCAUGGAGGCCACGGAGAAGGCGGAGGGCACCAAGAUCCCGGAUGACACGUACCACCGCUUCAACGCCGCCGAGAAGGUCAUGCCGCACGUGGUCACCUUCAUGAGCCAGCUGCGGGAGAUGGACUUCUUCGGACUCUCCACCACCACGAAGAGGCCCACGCAAUCUCUGUAGUGAAGCCAUUCUGUCACAUCCGAGUUAUUAAGCAGUUCCUCCUUUUAGUAUUAUAUUUCCCCUACUCUUCCUUUUCCUUUCGACUUCAGUUACACUUGUGUGCUUAAUCUUUUUCUCAGUCUUUUAUUGCUUUUAGUUUCCCUAUGAGUAGGCAUUAGCUAUAAACUGGAAUAGAAUAUAGAAUAUACAUUGUAUAUAUGAAAAUACAUAAACGAAAGACCAAAAA